AUGGUCUUACUUCACACCUUUCGCCUGUUCAAGUUCUACUACUUCUUCUCAAACCUGGGACCGAAGCUUGCCAUGAUAGAACGCAUGCUUAAGGAGACGCUGGAGUUUCUGGCCUUCCUUCUACUGUUUAUAUUUGCCGCUGGCAUUGCAAUGGAAGCCCUGCUGUACCUCAAUCGAACAACUUUUAACUAUGAAGUCCUGCAAGACAUUUUCUCAGUUCAGUACUACCGGUUGUUCGGGGAAAACAAUCUGGAGUUAGCAGAAGGUAAGAGGCAUCACAAUUAA